GCGGCGCCACCCGCCCGGCCCGGCCAGGCUAGCUAGGCGGGGGCAAAGGGGAGGCCCGGGAAACGGACCCGAAGCCACACCGCUUCGGGAGCGGAGUCUUGUGCAGGUCCUCAACGAUGUCUGACCGGGACUGGACCACAUGGGAACAGGAAUACCCGACCAGGAGCCACAAACCAGGAACCAAGAACUUGGGAACCACGGGACAGGAACAAUGGAGCAGGAACAGAGGCUUCAGGAACAGUCUUGCUCAGGAACUCAACGAUGUCAGACCGGGACCGGACAAUACGGGAACAGGAACCCCCGACCAGGAGCCACAAAUCAGGAACUUGGGAACCACGGGACAGGAACACCGGAGCAGGAACAGAGGUUUCAGGAACAGGCUGCCAUAAACACAGGCUCAUCUUUACGUGACCUGGGAAAUAGGGAAGGGUCUCACUGGAAACUCGGGAAGGCUUUAAUACAACUUGCUCCUGAGCCAAUCAACACAGAUUCCAAAAUGAUCAGAAGGGUCGCGACAUGGCUCCCACUGAAGAGCUCUCAGGCCAGCAGCAAAGGAACAACUUCAGUGAUUGGCACAACCAAAAGAAGCAUCUCAAGUGGUGCGGGUCCUAUUCCUAUAAAACUAGUCUAUGGUAUACUGACCACAUGCUUAGACUACGGAUUUUGCUGAUACACAUAAAAGAAAUUUACAUAUCCUUAAAUCAUGGUGGAGAGGAGACAGAAUAAAAACAAGGUAAGGUAAAAGACAAGUGUGAGAUAAAGGCGGCUUGUUUAUAAGUAAUUUAUCAAACCUAUUUGAGUUUCAACAGAGAAGAUGGUGGUGCUUAUUUAGCACUCCUCUUUAGGACAGGAAGUGACAGACAAGUUAAAAUGCCAAUCAAAAUGAGCAUGUCAUACAAUGACAAAGACACCCAAAUAUCCUUAAAUGCAUCAGACCACUCACCAAUUUAAUAGGAUAUGCCUUUCAAGAUUGACCAAACUGCUACCCUCCUGUGCAAAUUGUUAUGCUAAGGGACCUUCUAUUAAUAGUGCUUUUCUCUCCAUUUAGCAGUCCUAAAUCAGAAAGUAAUUGAAUCUAUGAGGUAGCCAUACAGGAUUACUGAAUUUCACUUCAUGCUGUUUCUGUAAGAUGGAAGAUAGAUUGUAGCAAAUAGUUCUACUUCACUAUGCAAUUAAGCUACCAACAAUUUUUAAGAGAACCAAGCCUCACAGAAAAUACAUAGCCCGAAUCAAUAUGUCAUCAUUUAUUUGUGAGUUGUUCUCAAGCAAUGUUACAAAAGUUUUUAAUAUUUUAUAAGAAAAUAAAUUUAAAUAAAAAUACAUUUUCAACAAUACAUCAUCCUUACACAAAUUAAAAAACAUUAAAAAAGAAUUUACAGUCCAAGUAAAACUAAUUACUGAGCAAUGUUUUAAUGUCUAGGCUAAUCAAAGUGAAAGCAACUUGAAUAUUAAUCUCUUAUUUGUACCUAAUUUAAUUCUAGAGUACCUACUGCAUUUUUAAACAUACUAUAAAAUGACAAAUUACAUUUUAAAGGCCUAAGGUCUUAAAGGCCUAGCUGUCCUUUUCUAUAUAGUCUCGUACCAUCAAAGCAAAUGAAAAGUGCAUUUUCAAAAGGUUUUUUUUUUUCCUUACAAUAAUAUAAGAUUUAAACUUGUUAUAUAUUUAACUUUGCUGUUAAGUGACAGAAACAGGCUUCAAGAAACAGACACAAGCACAUUUUGUAAUAAGGCUGGUCACAAUAAAUAGCAAAAGUUAAUUCUAACAGGUUUCAGAGUAGCAGCCGUGUUAGUCUGUAUUUGCAAAAAGAAAAGGAGUACUUGGGGCACCUUAGAGAUGAACAAAUUUAUUUGAGCAUAAGCUUUCGUGAGCUACAGCUCACUUCAUCGGAUUACGAUGAAGUGAGCUGUAGCUCACGAAAAAUCCGAUGAAGUGAGCUGUAGCUCAUGAAAGCUUAUGCUCAAAUACAUUGGUUCGUCUUUAAGGUGCCACAAGUACUCCUUUUAAUUCUAACACUUAUUAGUGCUGUUCAAAUCUGGCAAACCUUGUUUCUUUGGCAAAUAGCACGGUCAAAUUGACCUUGACAGAAUACAUUUCUGGGUGUCAACAACAAAUUGAAUUUUUUCUAACUGAAAUUGAGGGCAAGUAAAAUUCUUUUAAGAAUACAUCCAAUAGUAAAGUAAUGCAAAAACAGGACUAUACUUGUUGGUAAAAUGGCAAGUAGUAAUAAAUUAUUUGAUGUUGAAGAUAUUGGUAUCAAAUCCCAACUGAUUUCAAUCAGUUGCUUUAAUAUUAAAAAGUGAUUGUUCUAAUAGAAAAGUUACCUUAAUUUCAACAGUGAUUUCAAUCCUGUGAUACCAACUGACUGGAUUUUAGAAGAAGGCACCCUACAAUAGUAUUUUAAACAGCUUAUCGUUUUGUAAACAUUGUGGAUCUACAUUUGUACUGAUGAAUUACAUUCUCAACUCUGACUGGGGCAAAUCAUGAUUAUAAAAAAACAGCAAAUGCUCCAAAAAUGAAGUACUACCUGUACACAGUGUGUUUUAUUUUAUUUUACUUUACCAUGUAUACCAUAAUAUUUAAUACUGGUGAAGGAAAGUUUAGCCUUCUCUUCUCCAAAGUGUUACCUUGCUUCUACUGAUUAUGUACAGAUAUGGUUUUCAGCAUAAACGUUAAUUCUCAGAGGAAGAGAGCAAGAAUCAAAACUUUCUAAACUCAAGAAUGCCAGUUCAUAUUUGUUGGAUCUGACAAAUAAACCCCCCCACAUAACUAGAAAUUAAAAAAUAGUCAUAAAGCAUUGUUUUAACACAUAAUAGCACUGAUCAUUCAACUGAUCAUAAAGAUUAGAUACUACGAAGUAUCUAAAAAUAUAAUCUGGGGCAGUCCAGAUAUCUAAAGUGCUUGGAGUGAUUAUUCUAGAGAGAUUAUUUAAUAUAGCUGUAAUGAGAGGUGAGCUGGACCGAAAUGUGCCAAUUUUUUAUUUUCAAAAAAAUCCUAGAUGGGAAGAUGUAAAGUGAACAGUAUCCAACCACAGCAUUGUCACAUUUGCAUUCUUCUCAUUUGCAAGAAAGCUAGCUUCCAAAAAGUGUUGCUAAUCUGCAUUUUAAAAAUAAAAAUAAUAAUAAUAAUGAUAAUAAUUUAAAAAAACAUAAAGAAAAAUUAGUACCUGAUUUUUUACAAAAGAAAAAACAGACUGUGGUCUUAUGUCACAUCCACUGCUCACCCCAAAUGUAAACAAGAGGUACAAUCUAACAACAGAUUCCCUGAUUUCUCCUUCUUCAGUACUUUUUUUUUAAAAUAAAAAUAUAACCAACAUUGGUGUCUGCAGUACACAGAACACAUUGCAUGAUUUUAUAAAACUUCAGUUGCAGUUACCUUGGAGUCCUGACAAAAUUAAUAGUUUGACAAAGGAAGAGAAAAAAGUCAUGCGCUGAAUGUGAAGGUUCAGAUCCUUUUGAGUCACCAUAUGUUGGGAUUUCCACUGCAAGACUUUCAGCACAGCAGGCACUGAUGGUGGAUUAAAUGCGAGUCCAGUAUAUUGAGAGAUGUAAUCCAAUCAACAAUUGGUGUUGAUUUUCCUCCUUUAGAAAGCUAAUUCC